UUUCGCAUCAACUCGUACAAAGCGCCUGUCCGAGUCGACUCGAGUUGCCACGUGAUGUUGGCGUGAUUAAUCACGAACAGUGCGGGAUUAAUAGUCUGCUCUUACGAGAGGCUCGUGGCAGUGAAGCCUGAGGAACCGCGAGCUCAAAGCAGGUUUCCUCCUGUAGAGGAGAAGAUACAAAUUAUAAUUGAUUCAAGAUACUGGACUGAAAAGAUUGACAAACAUGGUGACCGCACUCUUCCUGUUUACGGUACAUCUUCUGUUUCUGCCGUUCGUCGACUGUUGGGCCGAUGGUGCUGUCCUGCUUCGCGACGUUAAUGCUCUCACGCUGCACCGGGGCCGGUACACCACUGCCCGACGCUCCAGGCCGAUUCCUCAGCUGGAGUGCGUCGGGGGGUCGGCGGGCUGUGGCGCUUUUGUUCCAGACGUAGUCCAGUGUCAGAACAAAGGAUGGGACGGUGUGGAUGUACAGUGGGAGUGCAAGGCUGACAUGGAUAACUGGUACAGGUUUGGCAAAGUGGAGGUGUCCUGUGAGGGUUAUAACAGCCCUGAUGAUCCGUACAUCCUGAAGGGCUCGUGCGGCCUGGAAUACACGCUGGAGCUUACCGCUGAGGGGCGGCAGCAGCAAGGCUCCCGCGGCUUCUCCGGGUUUUCUGACUUCGCCUCCAGCUUUUUCCAGGGCAAGGGGCACAGUUCCGGCAGUGGCGGGUAUUACCAGCAGGGCGUCUCCACAGGGGAGGGAGCAGGCGGCCUGAUGGUCAUCGCGCUUUUCCUGCUGCUAGCCUAUGCUGUCUACAAGAUGUUCCUGUGCAACCCUGCGCAUGGCCAACAGGGUUACCAAGGCGACGGGACACAAGAUUCCACCGGAGCUUGGGAUGGUGACUAUGGAAACAUGGGCCCGCCCCCUCCUGGGUUCAAGCCUGAUUACACAGCUCCACCCCCUGGCCAUGCCCACUCAGGUCCAAGUUAUGGUUUCUCUGACUCCUACACCCGCCCCCACACUGCCAGGGCUGGCUUCAGCCGGCCCACAGGGCUCGGGGGAGGCGGCUUCUGGUCUGGGAUGGGUGCUGGUGGGCUGCUGGGCUACCUGUUUGGCAAUCAGAGACGGGGGCCACCUGUGGGCUCUGCAGGCCCUACAUAUUAUCCCCGCUCAUCUCCACCCAAAACAAGCUCAGGAACACGUACCGCUUCAGGUUUUGGAGGAACCAAGAGAAGAUAAAGAAUAUACUGAAUGUGAAGCUGUUGACUUCAUAUCAGAGCCAAAACUCACCUUUUGCAGAGAAAAAAAAAGUAAAAUAUGGCUUUAUAUGUAAAAUCAGGAAAACAGUGGCGUGUGUGUUCUAGAACAUAGAUUGUUGCUCUGACCUCAGAUUCAAGAAGCUCUACAGUACUUAAUGAUGUAGUUUAUCCUGAAUCACACAAGGCUGGUUAAUUCUCACCAGUUACCUGGAGUCCAGAUGUCCUUGCUGACCUGUGAACCUCGUUGGUUUUAUGCGCUCUAAGAACAGUAGGGGGCGCUGUACUACAGCAGCAGAGGAAGGAAACUUGUUUUUCUCCUGCAUGUAUGUUCUAGUCAAUUAAUUUUACGUUUUUUUGUUGUUGCUAAUUUUACCUCCUUUUGUGUGAUUUUAAAGUUGCUGUAUCUGAUGCUGUUCUGUUCCACUGACAGCUUCAUCAUAGUAUAAAGUUAUUUAAGAAUGUUUUACAUUUAAAUUGUAGACUGGCUGUUUUAAAAUUGUGUAAAUUAAUCGAACUCAACUAGGUUAGUCCUCUUAUUUAAGAUUUACCCAAUUCAACACUUUAAGACAGUCAGGUCUUUUUAAGGUAAAACCAGUUUUUGAUGAAGACUAAAUUGGUUGAUGAUAUGAGAAUGUCAGAAACAUACCAUAUUCCACAAUCCAGUGUCACCAUAAAGUCGUUGAAUUAAUGUUUUUUAAAAAUAUAUUUUACUGUCUCAAUUUUAAUUUGUUUCAGUUUUAUUAAUUAUCAGUAUCCGUUUCAUAUUGUAGUUUUUUUGUUUUUCAAAUGUACUUUAUGACUUCUGCUUCUAAAUAAAAUGUGUAUGUUCUGAAGUAA